AUGGUGACACAAACAACCAAGUUCUUGGGACUCAAGACCCCAUUAGCCUAUGAAUGGAUGAAAAUAGGAGGGAAAAAUUUUCACAAUGGGUUGAAUUUUGCAUAUGGAGGGACUGACGUUUUCGACACUACAGGCGGUUUGUUGCCCAACAUGAGCACUCAGAUCGACUUCUUAGAGAAACUCAUGCAUCAAUCUCUCUACACCAAAUCGGAUUUGCAGUCGUCUGUUGUCCUCGUUUGUCUUGCCGGUAACGAUUAUGCCGCCUAUGUAAUAAGUCAAGGCACCGAUAAGGGUUUGCAAAAUUACAUCCCACCUGUGAUCAAUCAACUAGCAGUAAACCUAAAGCGGAUUCAUGGGCUUGGGGCGAGUAAAAUUGUGGUCACAGCUUUGCAGCCAUUGGGCUGCCUCCCACGCAUGACCCGGACAUCGUUUCAGCAAUGCAACGCCACCGAAAAAUUGAGGCCCCUUGACUAUCUCCAUACACAUUUUACAAUAAAAUACUUGUUCACUAUUUAG